AUGUCCUCACACUUCUCUUCUCAUACAGACAGACAUGGCCAGGCUGGAUGUGAUGGAGACCUUCCACAACAUCUCAUUCCCUGGACACUUGCACACCCAGGACUCCCUGAACUACGCCAUUCACUUCCCAUUCCAGGACACGGACACUGUCAUCGCCACCUACCCCAAAUCAGGGACUACGUGGAUGCAAGAGAUUGUCACUUUUGUGAAAAACGGUGGAGACCCACAUCUUUCCAAAACUGUUCCCAACUGGACCCGAGCCCCCUGGCUGGAACAGUAUUACAGUCCAGAGGUGCUGGGUGCUUCUCAAGGCCACAGAGUCAUCACCACUCACCUGCCCUACCACCUCCUGGCCAAUGCCCUCCAGGACUCCAAGGCUAAGGUCAUCUAUGUCACAAGAAACCCCAAAGAUGUAGCUGUGUCAUAUUACUACUUCCAUAAAAUGGCCAAUUUUCUCCCAGAGCCCAACUCAUUUGAUGAGUUUCUGGAUCAAUUUCUGGAGGGUAAAGUGAAUUAUGGGUCUUGGUUUGAUCAUGUGAAAGGCUGGACCAGUCAAGCAAGAGUCAAUUUCUUCUAUAUCUCUUAUGAAGAGAUAUGGCUGGACUUGCAAGGCUGUAUGGAGAGGAUCAGCUCUUUCCUGGAGUGUCCCCUGGUGGAAAAAGAUUUAACCCGGUCCGUCAGGCACUGUAGCUUCAGCAGCAUGAGAGACAACACAAUGGUGAACUACACUCUGAUCCCAAAUGAGAUCAUGGACCACAGCAAAGGUCACUUCAUGAGGAAAGGUAAAAUUGGUGACUGGAGAAAUACCUUCACAGAGGAGCAGAUCGGUCGCUUUGACAAUGUCUACAACUCUCUCAUGCAGAACUGCCCCUUGACUUUCCUGUAUGAGUGUCCUCCCAACUCCUGAUGGGGGGAGUAAAGAUGGACAGAACUUCUGUUACAUAUUUUUGAAAUACGUAUUUAAACAAACUUUGCCAUUUGUUUUUAUGGUGUUCACUUAGUUAACAUAAAUUGGGAUCAAAAUAUUAAUCAACAUAUUUAAUAAAGUUUGACUAAAUCCAUUUCUAUUGCUACCUGAUUUAAGGAGUAAAAAAGUAUACAUUGAUAUAUACAAUAUUUAUUCUGUUUUGCCUUUUUCAAAAAAUGUGUCCAGAAAUUAUGCUUAUUAUUUGAAUCUUACUAUUGUAUUAGGCCUUGUUAUUAAAACCUCACUCAAUGCUCAAUGCUAACUUGAAGGAGGUAUCUAUUAUUUACCUUGUGGAAGUUGCUGAACUACAGCAAUUACAGUUUGCAUUUGAACCAACAAUCCUCUUAUAGUGCGCUCACUAUACUCAUUUUCACUUUUGGUUGACAAACUUACAAAAGCUAUAAAAACAAAAAGGGGCUAAUUUUCAGAGCGUGUUUUCUCUCUUGAACAGAAAUUUGGUAAACUGAAUGUCAGCCAAUGAGGGAUUUUGUAUUUCCAAUGCUGCAGUUUAUUUGAGGAGAGGUGAUUAAAUUGACAUCAGGGGAGAAUGAGUGCAGUUUUUCCAUUUGACGAGUAAAAACCUAUUUUGCAUUUGUGUGUACCCAAAUUAAUUUAUGGUAAAUAAAUAGUGUGAAACACAUUCCAAUAUUACUGCAGAUAUAUUAUAGAUGUUUUAUAAUAUAAUAAUGCAUACUUUCCUGUAAUUUAAAUACUUGAAAUUUGAUCUCAAUCGGACACCAGAGCUGUCUUUCCAACACAAUUGAAUGUUAGAGUCAGUUAACCGUCAAAUGGAAAACAUGUUAAGUAUGAAGCUCAGGAACCCUUGGACAAAAGGACAUUGAAAUUAGCAAGAUAUUUGUGUAUUUAUUUUUGUAUACAUGCCUGCAUGGGCAUAUUGUAUUGCCGUGAAUCUUUGUCAUUCAUUUGCAUGAAAUUUGCUAAUAUUUAAGGGUGGAGAUAUCUGGAGGAAUUAUACCCAACAUGUCUUGCGUUUAGUAAUUUAGUAUUCAAAUAUAUGUAAUCUCUUAAUCCUUCAUGCUGCCUAAAACAAUUAUGCUUGGACUGUCCUACAGAUUUGUGUUAUUUUGUGGAUGUAUAUUAUAAAUGGGCCUUACAGUAAAAUGUUAUA